ACAGACAGAGGGGGCUGGACAGAAGGGGUCAGGUUUCUUGAAGCAAGUGGAGGUCCUGGAAGUCUGGUUCCCACCUUGACAGCCUCUUCCCAUAGGCAAUGCGCACCCAGGUGACGGAGGGCAGAGCAGGACCAAAAGCUGCCAAUCACUGCACCCGCCAUCUCUGUGAAGAGGUCCACUUCUAACAGACUGGGCUGACUCCCAUCAUGCAAGGCAGGAUCAGCCUCCCCACUCUCUGCCACUUCCUUCUCCCUUGGGCCUUCACCAUCUUCCACAGAGCCCUGGGGAGCCAAGCACCCAACCCUGGCCCCCACUACCUCCUGCCCCCCAUCCACGAGGUCAUUCACUCUCGUCGUGGGGCCACGACCACGCUGCCCUGCGUCCUGGGCGCCCCGCCUCCCAGCUACAAGGUGCGCUGGAGCAAAGUGGAGCCCGGGGAACUCCGGGAAACGCCCAUCCUCAUCACCAACGGACCGCACGCCCGGGGCUACGGGCCCCUGGGGGGGCGCGCCAGGAUGCGAAGAGGGCAUCGGCUGGACGCCUCCCUGGUCAUCGCGGGCGUGCGCCUGGAAGACGAGGGCCGGUACCGCUGUGAGCUCAUCAACGGCAUCGAGGACGAGAGCUUGGCGCUGACCCUGCGCCUGGAGGGUGUGGUGUUUCCGUACCAGCCCAGCCGGGGCCGGUACCAGUUCAAUUACUACGAGGCGAAGCAGGCGUGCGAGGAGCAGGACGGACGUCUGGCCACCUACGCCCAGCUGUACCAGGCGUGGACCGAGGGUCUGGACUGGUGCAACGCGGGCUGGCUGCUCGAGGGCUCCGUGCGUUACCCUGUCCUCACGGCGCGCGCGCCCUGCGGUGGCCGAGGUCGGCCCGGGAUCCGCAGCUACGGGCCCCGCGACCGGAAGCGCGACCGCUACGACGCCUUCUGCUUCACCUCCGCGCUGUCAGGUCACGUGUUCUUCGUGCCCGGGCGGCUGACGCUGUCUGAAGCCCACGCGGCCUGCCGGCGGCGCGGGGCCGUGGUGGCCAAGGUCGGGCACCUCUAUGCCGCCUGGAAGUUCUCCGGGCUGGACCAAUGCGACGGCGGCUGGCUGGCGGACGGCAGCGUGCGCUUCCCCAUCACGACGCCUCGGCCGCGCUGCGGGGGCCUCCCGGAUCCCGGAGUGCGCAGCUUCGGCUUCCCCAGACCCCAGCAGGCGGCCUAUGGGACCUACUGCUACUCCGAAUAGGGGCCCUCCGCACCCCUUCCAGGAGAAGGAAAUGGCAACCCACUCCGGUGUUCUUGCUUGGAGAAUCCCGGGGACGGGGGAGCCGGGUGGGCUGCCGUCUAUGGGGUCACACAGAGUCGGACACGACUGAAGUGACUUAGCAGCAGCAGCAGCAGCACCCCUCCAGCGCGCGCGACAAAGCCUGGGAGCCGUGGCGGGGGUCUCUCGCCACUUUCCCGAGAGCCUCCCCUUCCAUCGGACGAGGAGCUGCUCCUCCUGACCAGCCUUCUCGACCGAAGGCUGCGGGCCGAGGAUCCCGGCGGGCCCGGCGUCGGGGAGGGGAAGUGGCGGCGCCCCGGGCGGUAGUGCGCAGCUACGAACCUCUGACCCGAGGCGGUUCGCGCCCCCCGACCCCGCAGCAGACGAUGCAGCCACGGCUAGGUGACGGGAGAGGCGUCCAAGGGGCAUUAACUGACUUCUAUCCGGCAAUAAAAUAACCUGAGGACUUUU